UACUGACUUGCUAAGGCAAUUAUUGCUAAUGUUUGUAGCCAUAUAGCUACAGUUUUUUACAAAAAAAAAAAAAAAUCAGUAGCUAAAGUCAUCACUAAUUAGAAAUGAAACAAGUCAUAGCCAUAUUGUUACUAUUGGCUACGGAAACUGCUCUCGCUAAUCCGUCAUAAGUUACGGAGCUGAGGCCAAGGAAUUGAUCUGUUGCUAUCCGUUGCUAGCAUGAUUUUAGCUUACAAAUUGUGUCUGAUAGCUACAAAUUUUCAGCAGCUGAUUUAGUAAAUUCUUGUUGUUAUAGGACUUAUGUGCUGAUAAGUAAGUAAGAAGAAAAUGGAUACCUCUGCUGCAAACCUUUCGUAGAUAUCACUUUUCUUGUAGUGAGCCACUAGAGAGAAAAGAGUAUGUGACUGUUGUCACAAACUCAAUAAUCUGUGUGAUCUAAGUGAUACUAAAACCAAGUUCGAGCAACAUCACAUGAAGAAAAAUGUCAUUCAAUGAUCAUACAUCUUGCUCAUGUCAGUUUUACCACCAUCGAACAAUGUUUUAUGACUUCUAAAAGCGUGAUAUAAUAUAGUAUCAUGGGUAAUUAACAUUAUCCGAGAUGGCUUUUUGGCACAAAGGCUGACUGGUGACUAAAACUGAGAACAUCUUCGCUAUGAUUUUAUAGCCACCUUACAUUUAUCUUUAAACCUGAAAUAUCUAAACACUAAAAAAAGUGCCCCGAACUGAAGAAACGAAUGCCAUGCCUAAUAUAUAUGGUAACAUUGCAAACCAGUCAAUAUGCAAAUUUAUAUAGUGAACCGGUUUCGACAUUCAAUCCAAUUUACCGAUUCCAGCAAAUUUAGUCAUUUAUAACGGUUAAGUUAGAGUUCAAAACUUGAUGCAAACCGGACUUGCCAGAAAGUCUUUUUAACGGUCAUACCAUUCUUGACAACGUUGAAAAAGACAAAAACUGAAGAUGGUACGACUACCUACACUCGAGUUAUUAACCAAAGUCUGCUUGAUAAAGAAGUAAUGACCAAAAACAGAAGAAAAACACUAAAAGCUCUGUCUGUAGCCGCUUAUUUCAUUUAAUUAAGCUUUGCAGUGCCAGUUUCUUAGAAGUGGUCCUUCACUCCUUAUUCCAAUUCUUUUGUAUUUUGUAUUAUUUUUCUCAACUCUUAAAUUCGAACAUGAUAUUUGACACUUAAAGCUUAUGAUCGUUGACCAACAGAAACUCUCUCUUCAUCACAAGAAAGUGGUGUGUUGUCCUCUGAAACUCACCUGUUAGAAAGCUGACUAAUUCAAUAUUUUCUCUGUCCACCAGAAUCUUUGUCCCUCUCUCUCCAUAUCUUUAUGUGCAUCUCUCUUUACUCCUCUUCUUAUACCACACUUUCUUUGUUAAUAGUUCAAACGCACAAAAUAAAAGAAGUUAAAGAAAGGUUCAAUGGAGAAAUCAAGAAUGCCAAGAAACGUUUAUGAACCUUUGAAGACAUAUUUUCUCAAGGUUAACAUCAACUGCCAUGGAUGUAAUAGGAAAGUGAAGAAAACAUUGAGAAAAGUUGAAGGUGUUUACUCUGUUGAUAUAGACACAGAUCAACAAGCAGUGAUUGUUAGAGGUAACUUGGAUCCAGAGAUUUUGGUCACGAAGUUGAACAGAAGAGGAAAGUAUGCAGAGCUUUUGUUCAUGAGUCCUUUCCAUGGUAAUCAUCAUGACAACAGAAGCUUGAGGAACGCACCAUACAACUUCGGAAACAAUCACUUUAACAAUGUCCCAAGUUACGAAAGGCAAAGCGAUGGAGAGAUGAUGAAGAUGAUGAUGGCGAACAACAUGAAACCUGUGAUGAUGAACGAGGCAGACUACUUUCAGAUGAGCGAUUCUUCUGAAGAUUUCCAGGAGCUGUUUGGAGAAACAGCGCAAAGACACAACUAUGAUGAAGAGGUGCAUCCAAAUCUGAUGAGGGACAUGGAUCUUGGAUAUUCUAAUGCAUACCCUGCAGCAGAAACAAUGAACAUGCAUAUUCCAGGAAGAUCUAAUAAUACGAUGAUGAAUGAGAGAUCUUUCCACGGUCAGAUGAUGAACGGUCCAUCUCUAGUUCCACAGUUUAUGAAUCAGGAACAGUUCAGCGCAAGGCAACUUAAUGGAUUCUACUACUGACUGAAGAAGUUAGUGACUGAAGACAGUUUUUAAGAUAUGUGUGUGUUUCACCUCUUUAUUUCAAGCACAAUAGACUAGUAGUAUAGAGCUUUAUAUUGUUUCAAUGUUGGUUAAGUGUGUGUUUGUCACCACAUUAGCCAUUAAUAAGAACCUAGUGGUAUCAAUCUAAAAGCUAUCAUCACAUUUCCCAUGAUCUCAAUCUCCAUGGUUAUGGUCAUUAAUGGGCCUUAUCUGAUAUUUGAUUUUGCAAAUUUUAACCAGAUUCAGUGUCCGUGAAUCACAAAACUUCUCUUGCCAACACAAGCAAUGAUCAUUCGCCUCUAUGUGCUAAGUUGGGACGUGCAGGUUUAUUAUUCAGAUUCAAAGACCAAUAAAAGCACAAGGACACAUUUGUCUGAAACUGCAAACAAGAUUACUACAAGACAUACGGAUGACAGAAACAGAAGAAAACUCAGGAAUGGGUAAUGAAUGAAGUCUACAGGGCGUUUCUAGAUGGUGAUGGCAUCGUUCAGAGCAGAUAGAGAAAAAAAAAUGCAUGCAAAUGAGCAAAUAUCAAA